AUGAUUGAUCCAGCACUCGCUCAUGAUGCCGGCUGGGCAAUUGUUCUUGGGUUAGCUUUAUCCUUGGCAUGUAUAGCUGCGCUUAUAACUAAAGCUCAAAGUCGAUAUUUGGGAGGUGAACAAAUAAAAAAGUUAUUUAUGACCGUAUAUCGUGAUGUGAAACCUAGUUUAAUCGCACUAUCAAUCGUUUCUUCUUGGACAUGGGCUGCUACUUUACUUCAAUCAUCCACUGUUGCGUACAAAUAUGGGAUAUCCGGGCCUUAUUUGUAUGCUGCUGGAGCCACGAUUCAGAUUCUACUUUUUGCAAUUUUGGCCAUAAAACUUAAGGAAAUCGCACCUACUGCACACACUUUUCUUGAGAUUAUAAACGCCCGAUAUGAAAACGGCGUAGAUUUCUACAUAUCUCUUUUCUUGUUACCAUUUUGUGUUUUUAUCUAUAAAUUCAUUGGAGGUGUCAAAGAUAUAUUCGUUGUUAGUUAUAUAAACUCAACAGUCAUUUUGAUCAUAAUUCUAUACUUUUUGUUCGUUGUAUAUGGAUCAUCAUCUUAUAUUGGUUCACCUGAUAAAAUGUAUAAUCUUUUGGUAAACGCUUCAUCACACAAUAAAGUGUCCGGUAAUGAAGAUGGAUCGUACGUCACGCUUUCUUCAAUUCCCGGGUUACAUUUUGGAAUUAUCAGUAUUAUUGGAAAUUUUGGUACUAUUUUUGUUGAUAAUGCUUAUUGGCAACACGCAAUAGCCGUUCGAGCAUCUUCUACUGUGAAGGCUUACUUAAUUGGUGGAUUAUCUUGGUUUGCAAUUCCUUUUACUUUGGCUACAGCAAUGGGAAUUUCUGGAAUAGCUUUGGUUGAAGCUGGUCUAAUGAAUCCAUUAAAUGAUAAGGAAUUAUCAGCUGGAUUGGUGCUUCCAAUUACCGCAGCUGUACUUUUAGGAAAGACUGGCGCAAUAGCUGUAUUGGUAUUGGUUUUUAUGGCAAAUUUCUAUGGCAUUAUUGUUGCUACAAUGUUAGGACUUGUGGCAGGGAUAUCUGUUUGGUUAGGUGUUGCUAAAUAUUUAUUUAAUGAAAUCUCCAUUAACUCUACUGGUAGUGAUUAUCCUAUGUUAUAUGGAAAUCUAGCGUCAAUAACGGUUUCAGGUAUAGUCGCAAUUAUCUGGUCUCUAUUAUCUUCACCGAGUCAUGAACUUGGAAAGGUUAGACGGGUAUUAGAGAUCAUGGCUAACGAUGAUGUUUACAUCAGACACGAAACUUAUCAAGACCCAUUAGAUAAAAACUCUCUAGGACUUAAGAAAGCUUUUAAAUGUGCUAUUUGGAGCAGUGUCAUUUUAACAAUUAUAUUAGUGAUCAUUAUUCCGCUAAUUAUGAUUACUUCAAGAUAUGUGUUUUCAGAUGGAUUUUUUGUAUUUUGGGUUGUGCUUGCAAUUUUGUGGGCUAUUAUUAGUACUUGUGCUAUAUCAAUUUAUCCUCUUUAUGAAUCAAGAGAAUCUAUUUCAAAUAUCAUUAGAGGAAUUAUAUUCGAAUUCAAACCAAUAAAUGAACAUUUUUAG